CGUUGAACCGGUUUAUGUUGUGAUUGUGCUGUCUCAGUAUGUGAAUUUAGCUAUUUAACUUACUUGUUUUCUUAACAUAGCAUCUUUGCAUGGCUGUCACUUUUUCCGUCAGUGCAGUGGAUCAACUAGUCUAAUUACGAAGGUGUCUUGGGGGCUUGAUGCUGUCCAUUCCUGUCCUGACCUGUGCCAAGUGUCGGUAUGGAUGAAGAGACCCUCGAGGCAGCCAUCUCCACCUACGGUGCCCAGUUGCAGCAGGUGGAGACAGCCCUGUCAGCUGGCCUGGACCCCUCCCAGCAGUCAGACCUGCUCAAACUGAAAGAUGACCUUUGUCAGCUGAUAGAGCUCACAGAGGCCAGCCUGGUGUCUGUCAAAAAGAGUCGGCUUCUGGCCAGCCUCGAGGACAGUAAUGGACUACAGUCAAACACCUCGGAGGCAGAAGCUGACACAAAUAGUAAAAACGUCAGUUUAGCCUCUGAGUUUGCUGCUUUCUACUCUGAACUCGGAGAGUCUUCAGGCAGCAGCUCUGAUACCAGAGAGAGGGACAAGGAGGAGGAAGGUGUGGUAGAGGAUGGUGAAGAGGAGGAGGAGGACGAAGAGGAAGAAGAUGCACUCAGUGGUACCAAAGUAAGAGCGCCCUACCGGACAAAAUGGGGGACUCUGGAGUAUCACAAUGCCAUGGUGGUGGGGGCAGAACCGCCAGAUGGAGAAGAGGCGCAAGUACGAGUGCUGUAUGUCUACCCCACCCAGAAGUCUAUGAAACCCUGUCCGUUCUACCUAGAGGACAAAUGCCGCUUCCCGGAUAAUUGCAGGUUUUCCCACGGUGAAGUGGUGUACGUGUCGGAGCUCAGACAGUUCCUUGAGUGUGACCUCAGUAAUCUUGAAGAGGGCUCGUCCUGCUUGGCUCGACAUGAGGAUGGCAUCUGGUACCCAGCCAAAAUCAAAGAAAUCGACAGCGGUUUCUACACUGUGAAGUUUGACUCGCUGCUGCUAAAAGAUGUUGUGGUCGAGGCCGACUGCAUUAUCCCGCCUUUAAGGGAAGACGACUCCCUCUCCUCUGACUCCGACCUGGACGACACCAGAGAUGGAGAUGAUGUGGCUUAUGCAAAAGUUAUGGACUCUGCUGAAGAACCCACAGAAACAUUAAACAAUGCAAGUUUUGGUGGCUGGGAGGCACAUACCAGAGGCAUCGGAUCCAAGCUUAUGCUCAAAAUGGGUUAUGAAUAUGGGAAAGGCUUGGGAAAGAUGCAGGAGGGUCGAGUAGAGCCCGUCAUGGCAGUGGUCCUACCCAAAGGUAAGUCUCUGGACCAGUGUGCCGAGCUCACCCAGAGACGCACCCAGAGCAAGGCCGCUAAGGAUGGCACCCAGACAGGCCGGCCAAAGAGACGCAGAAAGCCUAAGAGCGCCACCGGAGGGCGCCAUACCGUCUUUGACUUUCUCAACCACAAGUUGGGAGGCAAGGGCACCGAUCCUGCUGAGGGGGGUGCUGCUGCGCCUUCAGCAGCAGCUGGCUUGGAGGCUUACAGGGGAGGAAAAGGCACCAAGAGGAGUCUGAAUGUAAAGCUGUUCCAGGCUGCUGAGAGGGUGUCCCAGACUGAGAGGGAAAUCCAGAAACUGAGUGAGUCACUCGGCAGACAAACAGGAAGGGAUGCAUCCAGAGUGAAGCAGCUGGAAGAGAAGCUGUCAGCGGCCCGCCGGCUGCUGGCCCAGCAGAAAGCCCAGGAGCUGUCCAUCCAGAGAGAGCACAGGAAGGCUGACACACACAAGAAGAUGACUGAGUUCUGAGCUCAGUUCCCUCAAAGACUCGGAGGAUAAAGGAAGCACUGCUUACCUGAAGUGAACUUUUGUCCCUUGCCUGUUGUCAGUUAUUUGCUACACUGGUUUUUAAAGACAUUUUUUAGCAUCAUAGAUUUGUGCUGGCGGUGGGGCCCACUUAAUGCAGAACGGAUCAUUUGCUGAAGAUCAUUUCUGCUUCUCAUUUUGUUUCCAAGAACCGAGCAGUUUAUUUUGUGGUAACAGCUGUUUGCUUUCCAAUUGUUAUGUUUCACAAUGAUGUUACAAACAACAUUUUAUUUGCGAGGAAAAUUUUGUCUCAGCGUAUUUGUCUUUAUCAGCACUAAAAUCCCUGUUUUUACUACUGUGCAUUUCCCCGUCUUUUCCAACACACACGUUUCCACAGCUAAACUCCAGUGUAAAGAAAUGUUUCUCUACCACAGAAUCUUUAAUGUGCUCUUUGUUACACAGCACUCCUCUGCAGGAGUCUUCAGUUAUUCUGGCCAGAGGCUGCCUCAGUAUUCCUU